AUGCCUCAGGAAGAAUCUUUAAGGAGUGAGAAGUUGCAGCAGGAGAUUUCGGAAAGAAUUGCAGCACCUGGGACUUCAGCGACCGAGGGGAGCGACGUAGGAUUGGCGAUGUGCGAGAGACCAGAAGGAGAAAUUGGCUGGAUCCUGAAAAGCUGUGAGACCUUCGAGACCUGGUGGUUGAGUGAAACAUGGGCAAGGAAACCACCUGGUAAUUAUUGCGUACUGUCCUUGGCUGAUGAAUCGACAAUCCAUGACUUGUUCCUUGCUCUGUCUGAGAUGGGAUUUGAGGAGAGUCGGGUGCAGGCUGCAGUGCAGGCUGGAAUCUUCAAUGUGCACGACGCUACUGAAUGGUUGCUCCAAGGGGGGGAUUGCACCAAGCGUGGUCAGGAGUCACGGGCCUCAACACCUGGGGCGAUGUCAGCAUUUAACCCACCACUUGCUCAGGGAGUGACUCUUCCACUGACCGAACCACCAGAUGACCAGAGACACAUUCCGCCUGGCACACGGAAUCCACCUGAAGCUGCACCUUACCCAGCGUUACCCCUCUCCAGGAGAAAUCCCAACCUGAAGGAGUUUGAGGAGCAGCAGAGGGAACAGUUCGCUCAGCAAAUCAAAGCUGAGAGGAGGAGGAAACAGAAGGACCAUGAGUUGGCGUUGAAGCGAAUAGCUGAUGAUCGUGAAAAUCUGAAAGCAAAGUCAGCUCCCACUUGCAAGCCCAGUCCCCCUCAACAGGGUCAGAGGUUAGGGGGCAAAGUUCAAACUGCAGUGGAAGACCAUUGCAUUCUUAUGAUCAGGCUUCCAUCCGGACACACGUUCCGGGAGCGAUUCCGACAGGAUAAUACACUGCAGAGUGUGAAGGACUACGUCACACAGGAAUACCCCAACCUUCGGAAUAUUGUUCUGCUACAGGGUUUCCCAAAGAGGCAUUUCACGGACAAGGACCUGGGCUGUACACUGGGCGCUUUAGGACUGAGCCCGAAUGCCACUCUGUGUGUGCAGGAUGAGCAGCAGAGGGCUACACUGCAGCCAAACCUGCCACCAGGUUCCUACACACUGACAGCAGCCAGUGUUCCCAAUGCAGGAAUCCCAGCAUCCAAUCACAGUGUGCAGACUGCCCCGACUCUGCCAGAGAGCCAGCAGCAUGGCCUGUCGAGGACAGCUGCCCUGCAUUCCUGGGGCCGGGGAGAAGCCUUGGGGGGCGCAACAACACAGGACACCCCUGGGCUGGAGAACCCAGAGCCCACUCCAGGACUGGAGCAGCGGCUCGACCUCCGGAACACCGGGAUAACAGCACCAGCGGAGUGUCCAUCAAGACCAGCACAUUUCUGGGGUCGGGGAUGGAAGCUGGCUGCAGGUGACCAGAGAGAAUUCCUGAAUAUCGAUGAUGGAAAGGCUGAUCAGAAUGUCGGACAAGUGGACAAUGUCAUCUCCGAGGAUCAGCUCGUUCCUCCUGCCUUUGACCCAGAAGUCAUCUUUCGCCAAAAUGGAGACCGAAUUCGCAGUGGAUUUCAACCUCGAUACCAGUGGCCCAAUCAGGGCAAUCGUCUCAGGUGGGUGCAAGGGAAAAUCAGGGCUUUCCCUUUAGUCAACUUACGCUGUAUUUAG